AAAAUAAUGACGCUCCUUAGAACAGAAUGAACAAUAUAAAACUCCAGCCUCAGCCUGCAUGAUACUGUAUCAUAAACAAAGCAAAAUCGUAAAAGAAAGGACAGUAAUUUCGUCUACAAGUUCACGCGGGGUGGGUUGGUUUACAUGGCAAAGACAAAAGCAUGGCUGUUGAUUGGUUGCGAGUCAGCCCAUUCACAUGUAAAUAAGCCCUCAUAAAUGUUCCCCUUCAAUCGGCCACUUUGGACAAUAUAUGUAGUGCUUGUUAGCGCAGACCUUUGUCUCAAACUGAACUCGCCGACCAUCUGCCCCCCAUUCAGGAGUCUCAACGGCACUGCGUCCUCUCGGCGGUCUCUAUUGCAGCAAUAUGGCCCCUGCGUCUCGCAACAGCAAGCAUGAGGAGGAUUAUUACGGAAUAAAAGACAGAAAGACGAGGAAACCACUGGUGGAAAAGAAGAGACGCGCCCGCAUCAAUGAAAGUUUACAUGAGCUGAGGCUACUGCUAGACGAUACGGAUGCGCAGGCAAAAAUGGAGAACGCCGAGGUGCUGGAGAUGACCGUGAAGCGCGUGGAAAGUAUUCUGCAAAACAAAGUCACGGAGGCUGACAGCGUGAGCCGCGAAGCGAACGAGCGAUACGCCGCGGGCUACAUCCAGUGCAUGCACGAAGUUCACACGUUCGUGUCCAGCUGUCCGGGAAUCGACGCGACGAUAGCCGCCGACCUACUGAACCACCUUCUGGAAUGCAUGCCGUUGAACGACGAGGCUCGCUUUCAGGAUAUCCUGUCGGAUCUCAUGUCGGACGCUAUGAUUUCCCCCGGAGACAGGAGCGUGGCGAGCAGCGGCUCCUCUUUCCUGUCUCCAUCUCCUUCCAUCACCUCUGGCGACGAUCUUUGCUCUGACCUAGAUGACACGGACACGGAGCACAGCCACGUCUCGGCGGUAGCGCCGGGCUUGCCGAUCCACUCCAAGUCCAUGUGGAGACCAUGGUAGACAUGUUCCUGGAGACAUGCCUUGCUGCAGAGUAUGGUUCCAACUCUAAUCUGUCAUUUCUAAGUGAACCACAAGACCUAACACGUUGGUUCAGGAACAUUUCAUUAUGAUUAUUUAGUCCGGGGUUUUGUGAUGGACACGUGAAUAGGACACAGUUGCAACUUUGAAAAGCUGUAAGUUUAGUUUAACGUUACUAGGCUGAGCUACAUUUGACAAUGAGAAAUCACCCGUGGAAAUCCCCCCAAUAAGCUCUUCGUGAUGCCACAAUGCAUUUUUAUUCCAGAAUCAACGGGACAGUUUUUGUGUUAGCAUUUUUAUUUAAUGUUUUGUUGUAUAAGCUAAGUCAAAACAACACUGUAUGGAUAAAUAAUAUUUCUAGGAAGCACCUUCCUGUUUUUAAAUAUUGUUGCUUAGAAUGUAAAUAUUUAAAUGUCGUGGUUGUAGAUAUAGAUCUCUGACAUCUGAAAGUGUAUGUGAUCCUUGUAUAAACGUGAAUUGAAAAUAAAUGUCAAUGUGAAAUGAA